AUGGCGAGUAACGGUGCGCUAGUAUGGAUUGACUGCGAGAUGACGGGUCUUAACCCUGAUUGUGAGGAAAUCAUCGAGAUCUUCUGUAUUAUCACGUCGGGUACGCUAGAUGUCUUAGAUGAUAAUGGUUGGGGAACUGUCAUCCACCAGUCACAGGAGAGAAUGGACAAGAUGGACGAAUGGUGUACCCGGACGCAUGGGAAUAGCGGCUUGACAGCUGCCGUGGUGUCUUCCAAGGUGACCCCUGAACAAGCAGCAGAUGAAUUGCUAGCAUACAUCAAGAAAUAUGUUCCGGAGAGAGGCGCAGUGCUAGCCGGCAACAGUGUACACGCAGACCGAGCAUUCCUUCGAAAAGAACCGUACAAGAAAGUAGUCAGUUACCUACAUCACCGAAUCCUGGACGUCAGCACUCUAAAGGAGGCCGCGCGGCGAUGGUGUCCCAGAAGCGUCAUAAAGAAUGCACCGGUCAAGCAAGGGCUGCACCAAGCGAAAGAGGAUAUCCUUGAGAGCAUUGCUGAGGCUCAAUAUUACAAGGAGGUGAUUUUUGACCACGCCGUUGAACACGCUGAUAAAGCGAACGACAAGACAAGUCAAGGGUAG